AUGCUGCCGCCGCGGGUGUUGGGGCCGCGGCCUCCGAGUCGGCCGCCACCGCCGCGGGUGUUGGGGCCGCGGCCUCCGAUUGGGCCGCCGCCGCCCGCGGCGUGGCACGCUUUCGCGGCGCGGCUUGGGCAGCAGCCGCCGCCGCCGACAGAGCCGCUGCCGCCGCCACCGCCGCCGCCAGAGGCGUGGCACGAGGCGGAGGCAGCGUGGUGGUGGCACUCGCAGCCGCCGCCCGAGGCGCGGUGGCACUCGCAGCCGCCGCCGCCGACGACGCCGCCGCCGUCACGGCCGAGUUGCGAUGGUUCGGCGCCUCCCGCUAACAAAAGGCCGCGGACGCAGCAGCUUCCGUUGGACCCCGAGGCCAUGGCAGCCCUGGUGGCCGAAGGUUCUGUGGCCGCGGAUGCAUCGGCGGCCGCGGGUGCCGAGGUGGAUGACGAUGCCGUGGUGGCCAAAGGUUUGGCGGCCGAGGCCGCGGCCCUCCCGGCGACGGGCGCCGAGGAAGUGGCGGAGGCCGCCAUCGCGUCCGCGCGGGCCCCGGCGGCCCAGGCGGCCGACGCCGCGGCCGCGGCGGACGAGGAGCCCGCGGUGGACGCCCAGCUGCUGCAGGCGGCGGUCGACCUGGACGAGACCUGGACGUCCCAGCUGCUGCAGGCGGCGGUCGACCAUGCCUUCAUCGAGUCCGACCGCGCCCUCCGAGCGUCCCGGGACGCGAACCACCUCCUCAUCGUCGCCCGCAUUGCGCGGGAUCGCGCUCUGGCGGCGGAGCGGGCUGCCCUGGAGCCAGCCCUUUCGGAGAUGGAGGCUGCCAUCAGACAGGCCGUCGAAGACGCCGAGAUCAGCUUCUUGCACGCUGUUGGCGUGCCCGCGUUUCACGACCAGGCAGAGGCCGACCAGAAAGUGAUCGGCAUUGUUUUCUGCAAGUACACGGGUUUGUGCGAUGUAUUAUCGCCGAGCUUCGGAUCAGAGGCGCGAGCCGUGACGCACUGGAGCGGUAGCAGCUACAGGCACAUGAGUUACUCCAGCGUGAAAAAGGCUGUGGCCUUGGCGGAGCCGAUGGAUUGUGUUUCUGAUGAUCGCGGUCUGAGAAGCCCGACGUUUGUCACGUUCGAUAUGUUAGAGCCUGCGGUCGAUAUCAUGCUUGACGCAGCUGUGCUUGGCGAUGGGCGCACUGUUCACGCGAUGGUCGCCGAUUGGGAGUGUCCGAGUGAGGCCUACACCACGUGCUUGCGCCUCCCCUUCGUGCUCGGCAGCCUCGUCGUGAUAUCGGCGUGGGAAUCCCUGGCUGUCGACUGCCGGUCUCGGUGCUCGGCAGGGUAUGUAUUGGACUUCUGGCGCGACUUGCGACAUCAAGUUGCGGCGGCUCCCAACGGCGAGGCGCACCACCCUCCCCUGGCUGCAGCUCCACACGACGACAGGCCGACUGAUUUAUUCAGCGCCAACAUGUUUUUGACCAUGGCGAACCAGCUGCGGCAAUGGAGCCCCAUGAUAGCAGCGGGGCACGAAGGUAAUCGCGAGCUCCUCGCCACCUUCACUUCUUGGCUGGACGCGUGCGCUGAAAGCCUUACACGGGAGAAAUUCCUCGCGUGGGGUUGGCAACGGCGGGCCAGCAGAGGGGGCUUCAUGAAGCUGAGAGGCCUGCACUCUGUUUUUCGAUCAGCAAUGUGUCUAAUCAACUCUGCCACCGUCUUCACGAGCUGGCCCUCAACUGGACAUGAGAACGCUAAAGAGUAUAUACUCGGCAUUAUGCGUUAG